AUGGAUUUUGUGCUUAGAAUUGUUUUCCCUUUGUUUGUUCUCUCCUUUGGGCAGUUCUUAAGUGUUAGUAACGGACAGGAAGAGAGGUUUCCUAUAGGCAUGAUUACAGUUAGUAAUGGACAGAGAUGGGGCUCAUGGGCAUAUCGAAAAGAUUUUUGUCCCUACAGAACCUUUGCUUCAGGCUUUAGUCUCAAAGUUGAACGACUAGUAGGCGAUGGGGAUAAUACAGCCCUAAAUGGAAUUGCCCUCCGCUGCACUGUACUUGAAGCAGAAAAUAAGUUAUAUUCUACAGUGAAAUCUGAUGUAGGGAGCUGGGGGGUGUGGACACAGGACAUUUGGUGCAAAAACGGAGUGCUAAGUGCAUUUCAGUUACGCGUGGAAAAUUUUCAAGAAAAUGAUGAUGAUACCGCUGUCAACAACAUAAGGUUCUUAUGCACGUCAGGAGAAAUACUGACUGGCAAUGGCAUGUCCUGGGGAGAAUGGGGUAAAUGGAGUCCUUCGUGUAAUGGGGCAGGGAUUUGCGGAAUCCAAACGAGAGUUGAGCCCAUGCAGUUUACAGGAGAUGACACUGCUCUUAAUGAUGUCCGCUUCUAUUGCUGCAACUAA